AUGCAGGUGCACCUGGGCAUGCUGGCCGGCGGGGCAGCGCUGACCGGGGCGCUGGGCUUCCUGCUCCUGGCUGCCGCCAUCGGCACGGACUUCUGGUACAUCAUUGACACGGAGCGGCUGGAGAGGAGCGGCCCCGGGGCGCAGAACUCGCUGGGCUCCCCCAACAGCAGCCAACCAGAGCCUCUGAGCUCCCACUCCGGCCUCUGGCGGACCUGCCGGGCGCAGAGCCGGUGCACACCGCUGAUGAACCCCUUCUGGCAGGAGAACGUGACGGUCAGCGACGCGAACCGACAACUUCUCACCAUGCAGGGGAUGUUCGUGAUUCUGCUGCCGCUCAGCCUGAUCCUGAUGGUUUUCGGGGGGAUGAUGGGGUUUCUGAGCUUCCUCCUCCGCGCCUAUCUCCUCCUGCUGCUCACUGGGACUCUCUUCCUCUUUGGAGCCAUAGUGACCCUCUCUGGGAUCAGCAUCUACAUCGCCUAUUCAGCUGCUGCCUUUCGGCAGGCGCUGUGCCUCCUGGAGGAGAAGGCCCUCCUGGACCAGGUGGACAUCCACUUCGGCUGGUCCCUGGCCCUGGGCUGGGUCAGCUUCGUCGCUGAGCUGCUCACUGGGGCGGCCUUCCUGGCAGCAGCCCGUGUGCUCAGCCUGAGGCGGAGGCAGGACCAGGCCAUCUGAGCCAGACGCCUGGUGGUGCUUGUGGGGGGAGGCUGGGGCACUUUGUAGACCCACCAUGGUGAGCUGCAGUGUCCUCUUCCUUGAAGGCCAUCGGGGAAGCCCAGGGGGCCAGCCCUUAGCCCUGUGCACUGAGCUGGGACCUGGCUGUCAUCUCAGUGCCGUCUGUGGCCCUGUGUGGCAGUGCGUGCACUCACCAUGUUUGUCCAUGUGGCCCAGAGGAGCACUGAGUGGGGCGCC